CUUUGUCAAUGUGAAGGUUUUGUUUUUUAAAUAUAUUAGGCUGUCAGUCAAGAUAGUGUUUUGAACGAUGAUGCCUGCUUACAGGACUAAGAUGUUCUCCUAUUAUCCUCCAACUAGAAAUAUGGACAUAAUAGGAAGUCUUCCUCCUGAAAUAGCAAUUGAAAUAUUGAAAUACUUAAAUGCUAAUGAUUUAGCUUCAUGUUGUUGUGUAAGUAAACAAUGGAGAUCUUAUGCAAAUUCAGAUGUACUUUGGAAGAAGAUGUGCAAAAAACAUAGAUUGUGUGUGGAGGAGUGGGUUUUUUGUGCAUUAGAUUUUGAUAAUCCAGGGGAAUCUUUAGAACCUAGGUCAUAUUGGGCUACAGCCUUUGCUCAAUAUGCACAAAGGAGGCUGCAUAACUGGCGCCAGGAUCGUAAAUCAGUGCAUGUUAUUGCCACAUGGAACACAACUGUAGUUUCUGUCUAUGAUACACUUUUAGCAUAUACAGAUGAGCUUGGAGUCAUAUUUGUUUAUGACCUUGAAGAAAAGAACCGUUUUAUUCAAACAAUACAACUAGUCUCUGAUGAACCAGUAACAGCUUUAGGCCUCACUAAAUACCAUCUAAUUGUGAGACAAGGCGAUGUCUUCACUGUAUUUUCAAGGCACCAGAAUUACUUCCUUGAAGGAUUUCUCGUAUGCCAUGAAGACUCAAUUGUUUUAACUCGAUAUUAUUAUCCAUCUGAUUCAAAUGGUUUGAGGCAUGCGGUAAUUGAAAACGGUUUAUGCAUACUAUAUGGAUGUCAAUUAUACAUUUAUUCACUACUGUUUUCAACAAUGCACACUUUUAAGGUAGAAAGGAAAUCUUUUCUAUUGCAUGAUCAUUACCGAGUUUACGUAGCUACCAACAAAUAUACGGUCACAGGAUUCGAUGCUAAUGGCUACUAUGUUGAUUUUAAUAUAUUCCCUUCUUCAGUAAUUAGUAUCAAAUCAAACUUGGAUAUGACAGUAGCACUUGUCAGUGAAGAGUUUCAUUCCGGCCGCUAUUAUGUUUUUAAAGUUUGGUCAAGAUUUUCUUAUUUUCGAGAGUUUUCUACUUCACGAUCAUUUGGAUAUGAAGUGUCUUAUUUUGAACCCAAAUUUGCAUCUGUCGCUAACUGUAAAUUUGGACAAAGAGUUUUAUUAACUAUUUACGACUUAGAAUAUGCUACAGAAUACAGUGUUGACCUGCAGUCUGUGGAUCCAGUAGCACAGGCUAAAUUGCAAUUUAUAAGCAAAGAUUUACUUUACGUUAUUACUCGAGCAGAUUGGGGUUGUUACGACACAGGCUAUUUAAUAGAUCUAAAAACUAACCACAUCCUGUAUGAACUUGACCUUGAUUAUGCCAGUGUUGUUUCUAUAGAUUCAAAAUUAGCUGUAUAUCUGAAUUCUGAAGCGGUUGAAAUACACUUUUAUAACAGGUGGUAAAAAUAAAUUACAAGCAAUUCUAUGUGACAGUUAAUUGUAAGAUUAAAUUUGAAGGAAAGUAAAAUAAAGGAAUUUACCUGAUUGAUGCAUUUAUGAAACGAUUAAAUUAUUAUAAGUACUUAUAACAGCUAUAUUUAUAAAAACUUAAGGAUAAUUGUGGUUUUACUGGAAGAAAUCAUGUUUUUCAUAAAAUAAGUUUCGUUUUAAUCAAGUCAGUCACUGAUGUGUUAAUUAGUGUUCUACUAAUUGAAAUUAAUGAUAAAUGUUAUGUUUUUUGCUGUGAUUUCCAAUGUAUUAUAGAUAAACUUUGAUUUAAUCAAUGUUUUAAGGGAUUGGAUUAUUUAUUCUGUGAUAUUGAUUAAAGUGAUGUAAAUAUACCUGCCUUUCAGUAGUAUUAAACAAGGAAAUGUCAUCAGCAUUAAAUGUACCUGAACCAGUUUUAUUCGAAGUUAUUAAAAAUAAAAAAGGAGAUAUUUUUAUUUUGUAUUUUAUUUAGACAUUC